GCAGACCGUCGAGUCGAGUAUCGUACGUACCUAACCCCAAUCGCGAGGUGAUCGCACACAUGAAGGCAGGCGUGGAGUGAAGCAAGUAAAACCAAAGUAAAGCAACGUAACACGAGUGUGUGCACGGUGAUUUUAACGACGGAAGAAUUUCACCACUGUAAGAGUGUUAUGUGAGAUGAGUGAACGUGAUAUCGGUAACACACAUAAUAUGGCAGGAGUGUUUGAUAUAGAAUUACCCGACGCUGACACGGUCCAGGAUGAUUCGGACGACGAUGUCAUCGAGAUUGGAGAGGGAGAGUACGACGAUGAUCCCAAUGUCAAUGCGAUAAUCGAGUCCGAAGACUUGGAAACCGUUCAAUUGUCUGAACAAAAUGUAAAUACAGGAAAGGAAAAGACCGGUCCCCAGGAUUUUGAACUGCGCAAAGUUUUAGGAAAGGGGGGAUACGGCAAAGUUUUUCAAGUGCGCAAAGUUACUGGCCAAGAUAGCGGAACAAUUUUUGCUAUGAAGGUGCUACGCAAAGCGUCCAUAGUUCGAAACCAAAAAGACACAGCUCAUACCAAAGCAGAGAGAAACAUAUUAGAAGCUGUAAAGCACCCCUUUAUCGUCGAUUUAAUGUAUGCUUUUCAAACUGGAGGCAAACUAUACUUGAUUCUUGAAUAUUUGAGCGGCGGAGAGCUAUUCAUGCAUUUGGAACGUGAAGGAAUUUUCCUUGAAGACACAGCUUGUUUUUACUUGUCCGAAAUUAUAUUGGCCCUUGAGCAUCUCCACAUCCAGGGCAUUAUAUACAGAGACUUAAAGCCAGAGAAUAUCCUUUUGGAUGCCCAGGGACACGUGAAACUAACUGAUUUCGGAUUGUGCAAGGAACAUAUACAGGAAGGAAUAGUCACUCAUACUUUUUGCGGAACUAUAGAAUACAUGGCACCGGAAAUCUUGACAAGAAGCGGACACGGCAAAGCUGUUGACUGGUGGAGCCUGGGUGCUCUGAUGUACGACAUGCUUACCGGCGCUCCCCCAUUCACGGCGGAGAACAGAAAGAAGACGAUUGAAAAGAUAUUGAAGGGAAAAUUGAAUUUACCGCAAUAUUUGACUCCCGAUGCAAGAGAUCUCAUUCGAAAAUUGUUGAAGAGACAAGUACAGCAGAGGCUUGGAUCUGGUCCGGGCGACGGAGAUGCAAUCAGAAUUCACCAAUUCUUCAAACAUAUAAAUUGGCAAGAUGUCGCAUCUCGCAAACUCGAACCUCCCAUAAAACCAUCUUUGAGCUCCGAGGACGAUGUUUCGCAAUUUGACACGAAAUUCACGAGACAAACGCCGAUUGAUUCUCCGGACGAAUCUACGCUCAGUGAGUCCGCCAAUAUGGUUUUUCAGGGAUUUACCUACGUUGCGCCAAGCGUCCUGGACGAAAUGUACACGCAACCACGUAUCGUCAAGGCCAGGAGCCCUAGAAAGUGCGUGCUUGGCAGUAGUCAGAGCGGUGGUCUGCGUAGCUUCUCACCAAGGACACCUCAUGCUCAUCUACACCCAACCUCGCACUUCCUAAACCAUAGGCAUCAUCCAAUGGACCACAAUACCAUGGAAGAUGCAGAAAUGAUGGAGAUAGGCCAAUUGCCUGGUCAUGUAUAGUGGUUGCAGCGCAAUAGUAUGGGCUGAUAAUUUUUUCAGCUGCUGGGCUUCUGUGACAAAUCCUAGGAGUUCUGUGGGAUGGAUUUUUAUAAAAAUGACAGAAAACUUAUGAUAUGAUAGAAAAAAAAGAGAGAAAAUAAUAUGGUUGUUUGUAAUACAAAAAUGAGGAGGGAUUAGCAGGUUACUUUUACUUGGGGGCUGUACGAUCGUUAUGACGAAGUGAAGCUGAGAUUUUUGAAAACUGUUUAUUAACGAUCCCUGUGCCAAUUUAAAUACAAAUUCGAUUCACUGGCGGGAACGUCGAGGGGUAAUAAGUUAUUUACAAAUCGUUAUGCUCGCCCAGCAGCAACAUUUAGCUAAUUCGUUUUUUUUUUUUUUAACUGAAUAUAAAAAAAUAAUUAUAAAUAUAAUAUUAGUUAAGAGAUCGUGCUUGAAGAGCGGCGGUGCUGCCUGCCAACAGAUCCGGGAAAAGGCCUACACUUAUGACAAAUUAUGAAGAAAAAAAACAAAGAAAAUCGAAACAUAUAGAACAAGGAAAUAAUCAAUCAUCGUACAGCGUGAAAUAUUGCAUUCGAGAAACGAUUCAUUUCACCUUCACUCUGAUUUUGUUUCUUUUUUUAUUUUUUUCGAUAUUAAUCGCAAGGUAGAUACUCGUUUAAUAUGUAUAGUAUAUCACUUAAAUACCAUAAAAUUCUCGGCGAUUUCACAGAUAUUUUACAUUUACAUUAAUAUUAUUAUACGUACAUUACAAACACCGAGAAUCGUCGGAAAUGGAAAUCCAACAGUAAAUGAAUAAAUUCACAAUUAUUGAUGGCCUUAGGCUACUGCGGCUGCUCCGCCACUGGCUUGAAGCUUGUACCACACAAACUGUUCAUCGAGUGAGAGUUAUUCACAGGGGUACAAAGCUGUUUCAGUAGAAUCAUAUUACGAAUGUAUACUACAGCUUUUACUCUCUCUCUUCAUCGCGGUUUCUCUUGACUCUUGACCACCGGGUACAAGAAAGCGGGGGAAAAAGCAAAAAAAAUUUACAAUUGUAGAAGAAGGGAAUCCUAUAAGAGUAUCCAAAGAAUAUACCUUAGAUGCUUAGUUCCAACUAAUUAGAUGCAUAGUAGCACAGAUAUUACAUUUUAUUUCAUCUUAAUAAUUUUUUAUUUUUUUGUGGUCAUUAAGUUUACGAUGUACAAUUUCUAUGAAAAACACAACGUGUGCAGUCUUCAAAUACAUUUUCUUUCUUCUUUUCACUCUUUUGUUUCUUCUUUUUUAUUUGUGGGCAUAGAAAAAUCUCUAAUACCUUAAACAACGUAUCUUACAAUUUUAUAUUGCCUUUAUUUUUAUUCCAUUUCUGUUUGGAUGAAAGGUAAAAAGUGAAAAUAACAACGGUCGCAGAUCUCACAAAAACAUCUUCGUUUAAUUUUGAUAAUAGAAAUUGAGGAAAUCUCAAGAAAUUUUUCACGACGAAGAUGUAUUCCGCGUACUUAAGCGUUUAUUGCGCAUUGUUAUAGAAACAAAAAUUAACCGAGAGACUAUUUAUUCUCUGAUUAUCCUGUCCUCUUUGUUCGACUCUCUCUCUUUCUCUCUCUCUCUCUCUCUCUCUCUCUCUCUCUCUCUCUCUCUCUUUCUCUUUCUGCAAGCAGCCGCAAUGGAGCUAAAUCAAAAAAUAUUCAAAUCCACACUACAACCACAGAAUAUAGUUGUUAAUAUGAAGAAAUAAAUACAUAGUCAUAUCAAUGUCAGUAUCAGCGAUACAAUUUUCUGAUUGGCUACGAGGAUAAUAAUUAAAUAAAAAAAAAAGGAUUUAAAAAAAAAAAAAAACAAGAAACGAAUGAAAACAAAAAUAUAAAAAAAAGCGAAACAUUUGUUCAUCGUAAUCUGCAUGUUAUAGUAAAGUAAGGUGCUUCUUUUAUAUUUUUAUAUCAUACGUAUAAAUUGAGAGUAUAUAACAUACAAUUUAUCUCUUGUGUACUACGAUAAUAAUAAUUGUGAAAUUUUGGUAUUUCCCCUACCUAUGAUUCUACUGAACAGGACAAAAGCCGUGUGCGAAAUAAUGAAAAAAAGGAGCAAAAAAAAAAAAAAAUUGCCACAUGAUAACAAGUUAUUUAAGAUCCUAA